AUGGCUGUGAUAGAAGAAUAUCAAGACUACCUAGAUCAGCAUCCAGGAUGCGAGCAAACCAGCGGGCACAUCUCUGCCGCACUCAGACUUGGCAAUCUUUACCUCGACAUAGACCAAGUGGAUUCAGCGGUCGACAGUAUUGUGGCAACUGUUAACUUUCCCUUCAUCUGGGACAACUUGACCGAAGAUAUGAUUGAUGUUGUUGUGGAGUUGCUCCGGAGAGCUAUGAAUAUCGAUCACACUUCUUCCAAGAUCCUGCAAGCACUGGACCAACUCUUGGAAGAAAAAAGCCUGACCAGCCAGUUCAGCUGGUUUAAGGGUGACCUCAUCGAGCUCAAAGGCGUCUGGUUCCAGGAAAAUGGACAUCUCGAAGAAGCUUUGGGUCACUACAACCUUUUACACAGCCACGUCAUGGAACAUCCCGACCGGGACGAGGCUAUGGAAGCAUGGAGUCUUAGUCGGAUAUCCUUGGUACUAUUUCACCAACACCGCUACAAGGAAGCUCUCAAGAACUUCAAACGCGUACUAGAACUAGACGAGGCUUCCACGAAGGACAGCGAGGAAAUCUUCGAAAAUUACAUCAACAUCGCUAUAACUUAUUGGAAACUGGAAGACUACUGGGGAUCUUUCGAAUGUAGCCAAAUGUCCAAGUUCAAGUUCCCCACUGCGCUUUCCGAUGAGCUGUGUGCUACCUCCUGCCAUUCUACCAUAUAUCCUUUUCAGCUCAACACUUAA